UCCGGCAUCGGAGAUCCACGAAAAGCCUCUCCUUGUCUUCUCUUGACCACCUUACCCGGCCGAGAUGCCGUUGGAUCCCGAUGGAAAGGAAGGCUGACCUUCCGGCUCCUCCGCCGUCAAGCAUCCCCAUCCGUCCGAUCGCCGGCGGAGACUCCAAUAUCACGUCGUCGUCGACGUCGUCCUCCUCCUCGCUUUCCCUCUCCCCUCCCGAUUUCCUCCGCCACGUUCAUGCCGUCUUCAAGCGCCACCGCCCCCUCGGUACUAUGCAGUCCAAUUUCUCCCGACCAGCUCGUGCAACUCGUGUCAUGGUUUCACAAACAGAGUCUUCAAAGAAUCGCACCACCAUCUCUGCCACGACUAGUGACAAUGUUGGUAAUAUAUUGCCUCAAAGUCAAGUGGUUGUUGGAGCCGUAAACCAUCCUAAAAUAUCGUUAGAGGAGAGGAAGGAUGCUGCUGUGGAAGUUAGAAUUAACACUGCCGAGGAUUCCUCCCUUACCCCUCCAUCAAUAACGGGAACUAUAACUGCUGCAAAUGAUGAGAACAUGAACUUGUUUGCUAUACAGAACAGUGAUCCUGCUUUACGGGCUGUUCAGAGAGAGGCCUUAGCAGUGGAUGUCUCAAAGAAGCAACAGUCCUCUUCUCUUGGGGAUGCUGGUUCAGUUUCAGCUUUUCAGAGUGCUGAUGCAUGGCUGAAAAACUCAUAUUAG